AUGGAUGAUAAUUUUAAGAAAUUAAUUGAUUCUACAUAACCAGAAUCUCUAUCUACGAUCAGACUAUGUAAGAGAUUAGGAUAUCGUCCAGAAGAUUUAACGUAUAAGUAUAUACCUAUGUUAUAACAAAAUUAUAGAUCCAUCGAUGAAUUUUAAUCUGUAAAUUAAGAAUUGAGAUAAGUAAAAUAUGAUCAUUACAAAGCUAGAGUGCUUAGUAAAAUCUUAAAUUUUAAAUAAAAUAGAAAUUGUAAAUGAAAUCAACAAUGUGAGAAGUAGAAACAAAACAACUGGUUUAUCAGAGUUGCCUAGUUAAACUAAUGUUUAAUUUUCUUCUUUUGUUGAUAAUAUGGAACAAUAAUCUUAGAACUUUUCAGUUAAAGAAAGAGUGCUUUAAAAUUUAAUUUAUUAGGAACUUUUGAGAUAAAAAAAGUUUGCUUAAUAUUAUCAAUAAAAAAAUAAAAUUUUAGAACGUAAAACUAAAUUGCCAACUUAACCUUCUUCAUAAAUUACAAUUUAAUCUAAACCAUCGACAUAAUUAUUAAAAACAGAUUAAUCAACUAGACGUUGUGAAACAUAGCGUGAGUAUGAGAAUAAAGAUAAACUCUUUAUAACUUCUAAUGAAAAAUUUAUAAUGAAAAGAUAAUAAAUUUUAUAAUAGGAAUAGUAGUAAUAAGAGGAAUAAAUUUAAAAAUUAAAAGAGAAAGGUAAAUAUGUAUUUAUCAUUAGAAAAGAAAGCAAUAGAACGAAUUUAAUAAUUUAAGAAUGAAUUAAAAUAACAUUUUUAAAAGUCAAAUAUAGAAGAAGUGAAAAACAAGAAAGAAUAAUUAGACAAUGAAUAAUAUUAAUCACUAAUAACAAAAUAAUGUGAAAAGCUUCAGAAAUUGAGAUUAAAAUAAAGUUAAUUAAGCAAACCAAUAAAAUAGUAAAUAUAAAUUAGAAAUAAAACUUAAUCAUUAGUAUUUGAUUAAGAUUUGUAAUAAAGGAUAGAUGAUAAGAUUACAAGAGUAGUAAAUUUAAAAUCCCAAAUGUUAUCAGAGAGAUAAAAAAUAAUUGGUGAGAAACUGAGAAUCAGUCAGGAUGAUGUGAAUUUCAAUAAAUAUCAUAAUUAGUAAUUGAAGAUAAAAGAAGAAAAUAAAAUGAUUGGAAAAAUAUAAAAAAAUCAGAAAUAGAAUUCUUAUUAAAUUGAUUUGAAAUCUUAAUUGUUAGAAAAGUAAAAAUAAGAAUCAGUUUGGGAAUAAGUGAAUCGUGUUAGCCAUUUAUUUUCAAGUCCAGUAGAAUAUGAGAGAUAUAGAACAUAGAUGAAAUCAUUAUUGAAUAAAUAAAGAGAAUCCCUUGAUCCAAAAUAUUAGAAUCGUGUAGAUAUAAUAUAUAAAUUGUUACCCUAGUAAAUGGCAGAAAAAGUUUUAUAAUGAUGAAUUUCAUAUAAUCUAACAUAAUUGUUUACAGCAAG